AUGAGACAAAUAUUAUUAACAAAUUUUCAACGUAAAAAAGUUGGAAGAAAAUCUUAUCAUCAAUUAUGUCCAGAAAUAAUAACUGAAUUAAAAAAUUUAUUAAAUACACACAGUGGUUCUGCACAAGAUAGACGUCGUGACGAUGCAAUACGUUUCAAUGGCUUAUCGAUAGUUGAUUGUAAUAAACAUAUUAAAAAACGAUUAAUGAAAAAGUACUCAAUAAUCAAUAAAAUAUCAAAUUCUACUGUUCGUCGUUAUUUUUUACCACCAAAAAAUAAUAUUCAAAGUAGUAAAUAUUACAAAAGUCGUAUAUUAGCAAAAAUUCCACAAAAACGUAAUUCCCAGUCAAUAAAAGAACAUAAUGAUUUUCAUUUUACAUGUGCGAUGGUGAAUUACGUGGAAGAAUUAUCUAGUUUAUAUAGCGACGAAAUAUUAGCACUAUCCUGUGAUAAUAAAUCAAAAAUACCAUUAGGUAAGCACAUUUAAAAAGGAAUGAGAUACAUUGAGUCUCUUUGCUUGAAAAAUUUUCUUGGAAGUGAUUUCCUUUUAUUUUCUUUUUUUCGGUUGUUCGUCACAUUGAUGACAUCUUGCAUACUAAUGAGACAUGCUUAGAAUUCGCUAUAAGUCACUCGACGUCAAAAAUUGUACUAAAAGAGAGAAUAUGUUGCUAAUGACGGCUUCUCUGUUUUCAUCUUUAUCUUCUUCUCUUUUUUUCUCGAGAAGCUGCUCGUCACUAACAAGUCGCACUGCCUCAUCUCUUUCAUCUUCUAUUUUCUUUGAUAUUUUCUCCGCCUUUUUUUAUCAAUAUAUGUACUUUAUUCUAUUGCAACAAAGAUAAAUGUAUGCA